AUGGCAGACGGCCUCAGCAUCGCUUCUAGCGUCAUCGCACUUAUUGCUUUUGCCUUCAAGUCCAGCACCGUUCUAUAUACGACAGUCCGCGACUUCCAGAGCCAGGAUAAGAACGUCCGCGCGCUCAAAAAUGAGCUAUCCGACCUUAGAGGGGUUCUGGAGUCACUCGCUAAUACGGUUGAUAACAAUUCGAACGUCAGUUUUGAUGCUCUAAAGCUUCCUUUACUUCGCUGCGGCAAGACUUGCGAGGAGUAUGGCGCUCUCAUUGCUCGACGCAUGGUCUCCUUAAUAACGCCUGACGCACUUGAAGAAUACAAGGACUUAAUACGCGAUACGUCGAGCGAUCUACAAGAACACAUGACACGAUUGGACGAAAGAGUGCGGGCUUUAGUUGCUUCCGAGGCUGAUGGUUCCGUCCGAGAUGCGCCUGAGUGGAUGGCUAUGGUGGAGGAGAAGCAGACCCAGAUUGAGCAACUCGAAUCGGCCUCGAAGGAGCACCCGCAGUUCUUACAGCAGCCCUCAGCACACAAGUUCAUUAGGAGUGGCUUAGGUAUCGCCAAAGGCUCUAUCCAAUCCCUGGUAUCGCAACUCCAAACCCAUGAGAAUGACAUUGACAAAAGAAUGGAAUCGAUGAGGUCUACAGUGCCCUUAUCUGAGCAUGAAGCCACCCAACUUGCUCAGCUCCAAGAGACCAAGGAGAGCCUUCGCCAAUGCAUGAGCGUUGUCGCUGAUGCGGGCGAGACUUUGACCAAUGAGCGAUGCAACAUUUUCGAAGACAUCACAAUGGCUGAUAGCAGCUACGGCAUUUCGGUCUCGACUGUGAAAGACCUCGUUGUUGCGAGACGCCUUAAUUUGAGCGGCCAGGCCCGUUACUUGGGUGGGCAGAUAAGCGAUGAGAGCUACCAGAAAACAAUCGACGGCCUGACACACCUGGACUUAGAAAGUGCCAAGUCAUAUGGAAAAAGCGACAGGAAAACGUCGCGUGGAUAUGGGUGUACUUAG